AUGGCGGAGGGGAGGUUACGUCGCAGUGUGCCAAGUCUGCCAGCAAUCAAGCCAGACAGGCUGAAAACAGCUAAAGCACUGGUGGAGAAGGCACUAAAGUUGAGGAAAGUGUUUUCAGUGCAGGGACCGUAUCCUGUGAUUCGUGCUGCCUUAUGGGCCAGAGGAUGGGUGGAACGUCGUUUUCCCCAUCCGGUCCAGAGAACACCUCAUUGUCAUGGCGAUGAGGAGGAUGAUGGGGAUGAUGGGGAUGACAGUGCUGAUCUUACUACGGGUGAAGGCGAGAAAGAGGAGAACCUCAAUGACAUGUAUGACCUCAUGUCUCGCAUGGUUCGAAAUGAAACAACAUAUUUCUACUGGACGACUCGGCGGGAUUACGUAGACUGUCGCUCAUUACGGAAUGACCAAAUGACCAACCACUAUGCAAAUGCUGCAACAUUCACCACCAAGGUGGGGCUUUGUGUUAAUCUGCGUAACCUCCAGUGGUUUGAUACAGCGGAUCCUGACACCUUUUUCCCAAGAUGCUACAGGCUUGGGGCAGAGGAUGAAAAGCAUGCAUUCAUAGAGGAUUUCAGAAGGACAGCAUGCACCAGCCUGCUGCAGUAUGUGGUUGAGACAAGUCGAUGGAGAAGAGACAAAUCAGAGAGUGAAGAACAAAAUGCCAAGAACAGUGUCUCUGAAAAAUUGAAUUUGGAACAUCGAUUUGUUGGUCCAGAAAUGAUUGACACGGCUCUUCACGUGUGUCAAGACUUCCUCAUUGCUUUAAAGCACGGUGACAUUGACGUGACUGCAGAAACACCUCCCUCAGUAGAGGAACAGCAGUGGGCAGAGUUUCUGCAAGACUACUACAUGGUUGUGCACAAAGGUGCAUUGAUCAGGGGCAGCAGUGUGUUUGUGGAGCACUGCCAGGCCAUGUUAAACAGACUGAAGGAGGUUUGCCCUCAGCUGGACACUGAUGGACUAAAUAACAUCUGGAUCAUCAAACCAGGUGCCAAGUCAAGAGGAAGAGGCAUCAUGUGUAUGAAUCGCCUGGAUGAGAUUCUGGCCCUCGUGGACACUGACAGAGCGCUGAUGAAGGACAGUAAAUGGGUUGUUCAGAAAUACUUGGAACGUCCACUGUUGGUCCACGGAACCAAGUUUGACCUCCGCCAGUGGUUCCUUGUUACUGACUGGAACCCUCUGACUGUGUGGUUCUACAAAGAGUGCUACCUGCGGUUUUCCACUCAACCCUACUCAACAAAAACUCUGGACAGCUCAGUCCACCUGUGCAACAACUCCAUCCAGAAGCACUUUCAGCCAUCUCAUGCCCGCCAUCCAGGAGUGCCUGAGGACAAUAUGUGGUCCUGUUCUCAGUUUCGCUCCUACCUGCAGCGACAGGGCCGUGGGGCAGAGUGGGAGUCGGUGGUGGUCCCAGGCAUGCAGCAAGCAGUGGUUCAUGCCCUACAGACGACUCAGGACCUGGUUGAGCCCCGCAAGGCAAGCUUUGAGCUUUAUGGAGCUGACUUUAUGUUGGGCAGAGAUCUGAGGCCUUGGCUUCUGGAGAUUAACGCCAGCCCAACUAUGGCCUGUUCCUCCUCUGUGACUGCUCGGCUCUGCCCUGCUGUGCAGGUGGACACACUGAGGGUUGUGUUAGACCGACGGACCGAUCCUAAUGCUUACACUGGAGGCUUCCAUCUCAUCUACAAACAGGCUGCAGUUGAGGUUCCGCAGUAUGUGGGAGUGAACCUGCUGGUGGAAGGAGCCUCCAUAAGACGGUCCAGACCUUUGCUUAAUAGACAGACUGUUGCUUCUGACACACCUCUCAUUGACCUGUUCCCUUCAGACCAGCCAUCUACAGAGGAGACAAAACAUAAACCUUUGGGUCAGAAGCCACACACAGUUGCUGCUUUUUGCCGUUCAGGCAAAGAGAACCAAGAGACAAAACGGCAGCUGACAUCUACAUGUCCAAAGAGGGAGUGUGAGAUGAGAGCAGCAGUUCAGAACACCUCCUGUGUUCGCAGGUCCAGCCGCAGUCUGGCUUGUGAACAGUCUUUGGUGGUUCACAGUGAACCUCAGAGGAAAGCGAGGCGAUUGGGUUUGAGUUUUCGUGCCAAUGGGACAACCCUGGUGCCAAGGAGUCUUUCCUUUUCCCUCAGCCCUCCUCACAGCAAGUCAGAGGGCAAACCUCAGUUUACUGCUGGUUCCGGAUCACGCAUUUCCAGAUCCUUCCUUCCUCAAACAACUUUUGCACCCAGACACAGGAUUUCUAAACAGGCCUUUCCUUCAUUCCAGGGUCCCCUUCCCAGCCUGGAGGUCCUUCAUCUGCGACCCAAUAUUGUGGCCGGAACAACUGUCUGUCGCAAGUCUGCCUUUUCAGCUCAUCCCAGCGACCACAAGCAUCAGUUGUUUCUCCACUCUCAAAGACAAAGCACGGCCCGACAUAAAGGAGAGAACACAGGAGAACAUAAAUACUAG